CUGAUUGAACAAACAUCAUAGGCCUGUAUGCCGUGCUGCUGAGUAAGUACGUUCCGCACAAUGGCUCCAUAGAUCAUUUGGCUAUCGUGACACCUAUAAAAGGUUCGGCAGCAGGGCAGAGGCAGCAGUGCAAUCGAGGACAGGAUUGGACAUGAACAUGGGCAGGAUCAUCUUCUACGAGGACAGGAACUUCCAGGGUCGCUCCUACGAGACCAGCAGCGACUGUGCUGAGUUGACCUCCUUCCUGAGCCGUUGCAACUCGUGCCGGGUGGAGAGUGGCUGCUUCAUGGUCUACGAGCGAGCCAACUUCAUGGGCCACCAGAUGUUGGUCCGCAGAGGAGAGUACCCCGACAACCAGCGCCUGAUGGGCAUUAGCAUGAGCGACUGCAUCCGUUCCUGCCGCAUGAUCCCCAUGCACCGAGGUCCUUUCAGGAUGAGGAUCUACGAGAGGGAGAACUUUGGUGGUCAGAUGAACGAGCUGUUGGACGACUGUGACAACAUCAUGGACCGUCUGCGCAUGUCCGACUGCCUGUCCGCCCAAGUGAUGGAGGGUCACUGGCUGCUGUAUGAGCAGCCCCAGUACCGAGGCAGGAUGCUGUACCUGAGGCCCGGAGAGUACAGGAGCAUGAGAGACAUGGGGACGGGUCCUGUUGACAUGAGGAUCGGAUCCAUCAGACGCAUCAUGGAGUCCUGUUAGGCGAGGAAACACAAGCUAUCACGUGGAAAAUGUAAUCGAUUCAUAUCAAUAAAUGGUUCAUAAGUUAUACAA